AUGAACUUCCCGGGGUGGAUAAAGGACAGGAUUUGGGACAGGCAGCGUCAGAGAUCCGAAACACACGGACCACUAACCGGCCUGAGUUUGAGCACGAUAGAGCCGAAGGACACCACCGGAGCAAAGGAAAUCAAGACGACAAGAUGGGAUAAUCUGACCCAGGGAGAUCUGAUAACCUUAACGGAUCUAAGUCUCAGAUCCAGACUUACAUGCCAGGCGAUGGAGGUUUGGAUGCGACAUUUGGAACAAUCAGGCAGACAAAAGUGGGAUGCAGACCAAUCCACGUGCAAAAAAGGGGACGUCGGAUUUCUCUUCAGUGGUAUAACGAAGAAGGAGUGCCUGAAAGAGAAAGGACAGAUGCAAUGGUCCCACCUCACCUCUGAUAAACCACUAAUGAGUAAUCACGCCUACGACAGAGAACUGGCUGUAUGUAUGGAUCUGAUAAGUAUCAUAUUAAUUAUGUACCAAAAUAUCAGAAAGGGAGCAAGUACAUGGGAAAUAAACAGCAGGGAUGCCUGCGAGAUCAUAUAUGAGGAGCUGGAAGGAUGGAGCGACAAGGACACGGCCGAACAUAUAAUGCAAGAAUGGUUUAAUAACAGACCGAGCCAAGACAUGGACGGGUGGGGAAUCCCCAUCAAAGGGAAGACAGACAACAGGUCAGAGCUCUGGAUGGAAUUUUUCGAACAGGCAAAGAGUUUCGUAAUCGGCAUGCAGUGUAUGAAAGAGGACAGACCAGACGCCAAGUGGUCUACCUCAUGCGUGAGAAGAAGGAACGAAAACAAUUGCGAACAAAUAAAUGACGAGGAAGGAACCCAAGAACAAAGAAAGGUAAGAAGCAGACGAGGAGUUGACCGGUACAAGAACAGGAAGCUCCACCUCUUCAUGUGCACUCACCCAGAGGGAGAAGCUCCUUCAGAUAUAAGAAGGACGAAGCUCAAGGGCGAAUAG